GUAGUUUUUCUUUCGAGUUUGAUCGUUGUAGAUCAUUGGGUGCCGUACGGAAGUGGCAUAGCUAUACCGCAGCAAUCCUUGCUCCUUAAUCCUAGGCUUUGUCGUGUGAUAGUGUUUCACUUAUGACAUGGGUGAAUCUAGAGCUAAUCAUGUGUAACAAAUUAGUCUAAACCUCGCUUUGAUCCAAUGAGACACACUUUUUUCUCCUGCCUACACGAGAGAAAAAAACGGCUUCAUGAGAAAUCUGAAGCAAACACGGAUACACAAAUAUAUUGAUACACUUAGCUGUUUAUUUGUUCCUGGCCAGUAGUAGAUCUAGACUUUAAAAAUUAGGUGUGCAUGAUCUUUAAAAGUAUUUUUCUAUAUUUAACCAAAUUCUAAAUAAAAGACAUUAUAACUAGUUUGAAAUAUAUGUUAUUUUACAAUCUAAAAUCAUUAUUUAUACAUACAUUUCAUUCUUCUUUGGGCAAUAUUUUUUGAAAAGAAAAUAAUAAAUAUUUCGCCUAUGAUGUAUAUGGUAGUCUAGUAUUUUAUUUAUAGAUUAUGUUAGUUGUUACAUAGCUAGGAUAUAGAAUAUCCUAUUAGGGGUAAAAACCCUAUUAGGAUGCGGGUAUGACCAUUUUUUAUCGCUACGGAUCUCUUAAUGGGUAUUUUCCUCACCUUUGGGUUUCUCACCCGGCCAUCCCUACUAAUGACCUGCUGAUUUAUACCUACUGAUCUGCUGAGCAUUCACGAUACACCCUUAUCCCUAUGUAGGCUAGUAGAAAAGCUUAAGGUUCACGAGCUAUUUAUAUUUAACUUGCUAAAAAGUCAAUUCAAGCUAAAUGCUACACAAGGAACCGAUUCGAUCGAUUUUGCCGAACCGAGCCAUCCCGCAUCUGGAGCAAAUAUUCGCUCCUGGGAGUGGCUCCAUCCCCAAACUUGCGAACCAAACAUAUAAUGGAGCGGCUCCGUCCGGUUCUGACGCAUCCUAACAUGCUUAGAUCAAGCUCGGCUCGGGAUCCUCCAGCUCUAGGUGGCAGGCUCGAGCUCGGCUUAUUGACAGCCAUCCCGGCUCCCGCUCAGGGCUCCGCCGCUCAGGGCCGUUCCACGAUUCCAUCUCCCUCUGUUUCUUAAAGCUCUCUCGGACUCUCCUCCCUGAGAUGACUCCUCUUCCUUCCCCGGCGGUGACGACUGGGCGAGCGGCGGCGCGAUUUGUCCUGUCUUCGCCCAGCCCUUUGCCGGCGAUGAACGCAUCCUCCAGGCCUGUCUUGAACAACAAGUGUGAAAAGAAGGCUCCAAAGAAGGUGCAUAAAUCUGAGAGGGAGAAACGAAAGCGAGAUAAACAGAACGAUCUGUUUGGUGAGCUUGGAAACAUGCUAGAACCUGAUAGGCAGAACAACGGGAAGGCAUGCAUAUUGAGUGACACUACACGUAUGCUUAAAGAUCUACUUUCACAAGUAGAAUCUCUUCGACAGGAGAAUGGCUCACUGAAGAAUGAAUCUCGUUAUGUUGCAUUGGAGAGAAAUGAACUACUGGAUGAAAACAACAUGAUCCGCAAUGAAAUCUCAGAACUGCAAAAUGAGCUGAGGAUGCGGAUGGAAGGCAACCCUAUCUGGAGUCAUGAUGCGACUAGAUCAAAUCUUACAGCGGCUCAUCCCCACACCACAGUAUUUGUACUGCAGCAUUCACCACAUCCACCAGUCAUUGCAACGAUGGCACCCCCUCUGCAACAGCUAGAAGUCCUUGAGCAAUCUUAUACUACCUCACGGCGCGAACUACAGCUCUUCCCUGAAGCUGCAUCCACUGAAGAUACCGAACCACAACAAGACCAGGGGAUCUCCAAUCAUGUGACGCGGCCGCAGGCAAGGUACGCAACAAGAAUGACCACUUUGCCUGCACAUGUAUAUCCAGUCCUUCAAAGAAUGGAAGAUGAGCAAUGUAGCAGUGGCACUACUGGUAGUGGAGAUGAAGGUGCCAUAUGCAACCAUUAACAGCUCGAAUACAGAAUGAAACAUGUGGUUACAACCUGAAAACUUUCUUAGUUGUAUCCUGCUAGUGUAGGUAGUGUGCUAAAGAAACCUGUGCGUCUGUGUGCCUGCGCGUGUAAGUAUCAUUCCACUCUGUCAGCUGAACUUAAUCUUCAGCUAGUUACUUUGAAGGGAGAGCAACAGCAACUAAUCUUUUUUAGUUUGUUGUGUCUUACCUAACAGGCAGAAGUCCAAAGAGUUAACUGCUCGAUAAUAGAAAAUAUGUUAAUUACUUCUAUGUGUAUCUGUAAUACUGUACAAGUAUGGAUAAGCUCUGAUCAUAACUAGCAUGCCCGAUGUAA